AUGCGAUCGCUGUCCGUUGCUGCUGCUGCUGCCUGGCUGCCGGCCUUGGCUGCUGCUCAGUGGUGGUCUGGUGCUCCGUCGUGUGCAGCCUCCUGCUUCUCCUCGGUCUGGUCCUCGUCCGACUGGCCGUCGCCGACAGCCUUCUGUGUCGCCUCUGCCACGCCCAUUGCCAGCUGUCUGAGCGCCAGCUGUGGUUCUGCCACCUCGGCCGCUGCUACCUUCUCGUCCAUCUCGUCGUCCCUCUGCAGCCAGUACUCAUCCUGCUCGUCUGGCGGCAGCACCGGCGUGCUCACCGUCACGGCUACCGCUCCCUGGGGUGCCUACGGCACCGGCACCGGCUCCUUUGGUCCAGGCAGUGGCUUCUUCGGCACCCGCUCUUGGGACUCGGCCGCCACGGCUGUCGCCACCUACACCGUCACCGGCUGUCCCUGGGACGGUUCGCCCUGGGUCGCCGGGCCUGGCGCUGGUUGGGGCGGCUGGGGUCCUGGCGGUUUUGGCUGGGGCGGCGGUGGUCCCGGAGAGUUCUGGACCAGCUCGUGGACCGGCUGGUCCUACCACACCCAGACCACCACCGUUACCACCACCUUCACCAGCUCCGGCUCCGUCUUCACCACCGCUGCCGUCAUCCGCGUCGAGGAGGCCGCUUCCGGUACCCAGACCAGCACCACCACCCUGGCCACCAGCACCACUACUGUCACUGCUACUGGCACUGCUGCCACCGCGAGCGCUGCUUCCACCAAGAGCUCGGCUGCCGGCGGUGAUGGCGGAGACUGGUUGGCCGUCAAGGUCGUCGGCCUCGUCCUGGCUAGCAUGUUGGCUGUCGUCGGUAUGCUGUAA